AUGGAUACAGGUGUGUUGACCCAAUUCGAUAGGGCUGUCUAUCAGGCGACAAGGGAGAUUUUUGUAGACGAGAAAGCCAGAACCAGAAAGGUCAAAGCUGUGAAACGAUAUAUUAGGGAGCAUCCAGGGGACAGAAGUUCGGUGCUGCAGCUUGUGACUCAGUACGGCGCCGGGACCGUCCAUCAGUCAAUAUUGAGCCUCUUGUCGGAUGAGGUGUACGAGUCGAACUUGAUCGCCAGCCAACGUUUUCCCGAUCUAUUUGAGCCUUCCGUGGCCCAGAGCGAAGCUAGGACUCUAUUGGAAGAAGAAGCGACCAGGACCGAACAGUCUGCGCCCGAGGACAUUAUCCACACCCACGGCGAUGACAGUCAGGAAAACUCGGAAUGGACAGAAGCCACAACGGUCCUGAACGGCAUCAAUGACAGUAUUGCGAGAAAUGACGUUGGCAACACAUCGGUGCUUCCAGUAUACCUACCAUUCCCUGCGGAACAUAUGCUUAUGGAGAAAAUACAAAAGACCCUGGAACUUGCCUGUUACCAAUUUGGAUCGAGAGCUCUUCCCAACGUCAUGCAGAAACAAGGCUGGGAUUGCCCUGAAUCGGUAGAGCUCAGCAAGUGGGCAAAGCUUUUCGGACGCAAGGGAAACCUAGUUUGGGAAGGGAGCGGUAAGCCCUCAAAAGAACUGUUGCAAUCAAUCGCAGCAAUCCGACAUACCGCUGUUCAUCGUCUACGUACCAACUCAGCGGGACUAGAACGAUUUCUCGCUGAUGCAGAAAACCUUGCUGGAAUUCUGGGAGAUAACACAUUUACACAAGCCAUCUCUCAACUACGAAUAGAUACUCAGGCAACGCUUACAGAGCUUAUACGGAACAAGCAGUUUAUCCAGCUGCAACUGGAAAAGGCUCAAGAAGAAAUAGCGAGGCAGCGCGCUGAACUUGAUCAGAAGGAGCAGGAGAUCCUGCGUCGUACGGCAAGCGAGGAUAGAAAAUACCGUGACCUGGCGGGAGAGAGGCUGAAAAGAGCUCUAGAUCUUAUGGGAGACUUGAAAGUAGCUUCGAAUGGUCAAGGUGCAGUGCUGGAAAGCGUUGAUGCUAUCGAGGACGACCCUCUUUCUGAUGACGACAGCGACAUCGAUCACGAAGAGCAAUUCGAAGACUGCAGUGAGGCAUGA